AUGGGGCACAUCUACCCCACGGUGGGAGAGAGGCCGGAGGUGUUCGGGGUGUUGGGUGAUGUGUGGCCGCCCCUUGGCCUCGGGGAUGGCGCGGUGAUGUUGCCCCACUUACGGUUCCCGGGGUCACUCCCGUCUAGAGGGGACAUGCGAGAGCUCUCAGCGGUGACAGAGCAUCACGUCGGUGGCGCCUCCAAUGAGCCCCGGGGGCGCCCGGGCUGCCCUGCCCUGCCCUGCCUUCCUUCCCUCACCCCCUCCUUCUUCGAUCUAAAAAUGGGAGAGACCAGCCGGGCCACCGGACCGGGGCUGCCUUCCUCGCCCUCUCCUCCUCCUCCUCCCUCCCCUCUCUCCGCCUGCAGCCUCGCGCCGCCGCUCGGGAGCGGGACCCCGCGGCCCGGCGGGGACAUCACUGGGCGUCUCACCUUCCCCCUGCUGUCUGUCACCCUUCUGGUAUCCUUUGGCUCCUCCAUGCUCUAUGGCUACAACCUUGCUGUGGUGAACUCACCAGCAGAGCACAUAAAAGCUUUCUACAACGCCACAUGGUCCCAGCGGUACGGACACGGGCUGGCCCCCGGGCCCCUGACCCUCCUCUAUGCCCUGACUGUCUCCAUCUUCGCCCUGGGUGGGCUGGUGGGCUCCUUGCUGGUGGGGGUGCUGGUGGAGCGGUACGGCAGGAAUGGUGCUCUGAGCCGCAGUGCUCUCCUCGUCCUCCUGGCCGGCGGCUUCAUGGGCUUCAGCCGGGAGCUGGGAUCCCCCGAGAUGGUGAUCAUCGGCCGCUCCAUCACGGGGCUCCACUCAGGUAUCUGUCUUAGCGUGGUGCCCCUCUACCUGGGAGAAAUCGCUCCCAAGAACCUGCGGGGGUUCCUGGGCCUCAUGCCCAGCAUCUUCAUCUGCCUGGGGGUUUUCUCUGCCCAGGUCCUGGGCCUCCCAGAGCUGCUGGGCAAGGACAGAUUCUGGCCCCUUUUCCUGUCAGUGGUGGUUGUUCCUGCCUCCCUCCAGCUUCUGCUGCUGCACUGCUUCCCUGAGAGCCCUCGGUACCUGCUGAUAGAGAGAAACGACAUCUGUGGGGCCACCAAAGCACUGCACCGGUUUCUGGGGACCCCUGAUGUACAGGAUGUGAUCGAGGAGAUGAAGGAGGAGCAGCGGUCGCUCUCCUCCAUGGAGAUGGUGUCGGUCUGGCAGCUGCUGCGGGACAGCUCCGUGCGCUGGCAGACGCUCUCGGUGGUGGUGGUGAACGCCGGCAUGCAGCUCUCGGGGAUCGAUGCCAUCUGGUUUUACACCAACACCAUCUUCGAGAAUGCCGGGAUCCCCCUGUCCCAGAUCCCCUACACCACCAUGGGCACCGGUGCCAUCGAGGUCGUUGCUGGGCUGAUCGGGUGCUUCACCAUCGAGAGGGUGGGCCGGCGGCCCCUCAUCAUCACCGGCUUCUGUGCCAUGGGUGUCUGCUCGGCUGGCAUCACCAUCUCCCUGCUGCUGCAGGCUGCCCUGCCCUGGAUGCGCUACGUCAGCGUUGCCUGCGUGGUCGGCAUCAUCGCUGGCUUCUGCAUGGGACCAGCCGGUGUCCCCUUCCUGAUGACAGCUGAGCUCUUCAUGCAGUCACACCGCCCAGCUGCCUACAUUGUGGGGGGCUCUCUCAACUGGCUCUGCAACUUCACCGUCGGCUUCAUCUUCCCCUUCUUGCAGAUGUCAGCCGGUGCCUUUUGCUACCUGGUUUUCUGUGGUGUCUGCCUGCUGGUGGCCCUGUACGUCUACCUUGUCAUCCCUGAGACCAAGAACAAAACCUUCAUGGAGAUCAGCCACAUCUUUGCCACGCGCCGCUCUGUCCUCUCUGUCCCAGCCCAUCUCAUUGGGAUGAUGAAGCUCGAUGGCUAUGGGACUUUGGAGAGCAGCUCCCUGGAGGGCUCGGGCUCCAGCCUGCCCUGAUCUGAGUGGGCUGGGGGCAAUGGGGAUGGUGGAGGAGGCUUGGGGCUGGGGAAGGAUGUGGGGGCCAAUUUGUUCCAACCCAGUCAUCGCUGGGUCUCCCAGCACAUCUCUCCAUGGCACAGUCUGUGUCCACAAUGAGCCCCAUUGAUGCACCAAGGCUGCACUGUCUGCUGGGCAUGACCCCCAUGCUGGAAGAGAUGCCCCCACAGAGAAAAGGGAACCAUCCUGAGGCAAGGGUUCUCAUUGCUCCUGGAUGUGGGGCCUUGGCAAGACCUUCUGGCAUGAGCUGUUAAUAAAGAGCAUUGCCACCAGCGCCAUUGUUUGGCAAGUUUAGCCUGGAAUGGCAGCAAGCAGGUGUGUGCUGGGAUGAGCAGGUGCUUCUCCAGUACCAGGGAUGAGCAGAAUGGGAAGAGGGGCUUGUCCUCCUCCCCACUGUGACUGGCUGGAAAGGUCAAAGUCACCCCACAUUUUCUAGGAAGGGUGGUCAGGAUGGUUCCCAGGCUCUUGCCUCUCACCCCAAGUUGGUUGUGUAAAGCUGGAGGCUGCUGCAGAAGGGACACAGAGCAGCUCUGAGCUGGGGGUGACAGUCCAGCCACUGUGCCCCUCCACAGGCUGCUGGAAGCCUCAUGUGCUGGCCACACAGAGUGCUCCUGUGGGAACACUGCACACUCCCAAACUCUCUGGAGGACAGAGGGAUCCAGGUUAUACCCUCAUCCCCUUACUGCACCCCAUGAAUUGCUGUGACCCCAAGGUGCUCUCCAAGCACGACCUCUCCCAUGUCUCUGCUGUGAAUCCUGGGGGCUGUGUUGGAGGGAGAGGCUGUCCUGUGUCCCAGGACUCCUCCACAGCAGCUCCCACAGAUACCAUGGUAGACCAUGGGGUUCCCAGCCCCUCCAGGAGCUGUUUUUGCAGGGAAACUACCACAUUUUGUUCCAGUAAGAGAUAAGCCCAGGUGGUGGGGAGGGCUAUGUGGCCAAAACACUCUCAUGCCAACACCAACAUCAUUUUGUUGAAAAUAAUUUAGCCUCUUUUUUUUUUUUCUGGUUUCCCUCUCCAUGACAGGUCCACAGGUUGGUGUUUGGUGUUUGAGGUCUCUUAGUGAGGAGCCCACCCUUCCUGCAUCCCUUGUCAAAGCCUCAGGGUGCCUCUGGGUGCGUGUGGGUGCUGCACCUAUGGGGACAGGGACAGGGCCAUACUGGGUCCCCAGUGCCUGUCCUACCCCUUCCCUCCUCAGCCCCCAGCUCGGGGCUCUCCUGCAUCUUGAGCCGUUUAAAGGACAUCAGUCAAAGCAGGGUCACGGCUCCGCAGCAUCAGCCGCUUCCCACUCCGCCUCCCUCCCGACUCGGCUGCUCUCGGCAGCAGAACAGAGCGGUAAAUAUGUGCAGCAUUACAUAUGUAUAAUGGAGUGUAAAUAACCCCAAAAAGUGCAUUGUAAAUAGACUCCAAGUUUAUCCUUUAUUAAUGAGGCACUGAGUGCCCUGCUGUUUUAGAGCAGCGAGACUUUGAUAAUAUCAAAACCUAAAUUACACUUGUGUCUCUCAUUCCCAGCAAACGACAGCAUCAUUUCAGGCCUCUUUGCCACUUGUAUUUAUUUAUUCUGGUAUUUAUCUAUCUCUCCCACCCAGCAUGUGGGGCAGCUUGG